AUGUUUAAUAUUUACGAUCAGAAAUGUGAUGGGGAGAACCCAGAGGACAAACCUGUGCUCUGGAGAUUAUCAGGAGACAGCAAGCCCAAUGGCUUAGAGGCGUUUGCAGGUAACUCCAAUACAGAGAGUGUGGUUCGGCAUGACCUGCAAAACCUGAUUGUGGCCCGUUAUUUGCGCAUCAUUCCUUUAGACUGGAGCGAAGAGGGACGGAUCGGCCUCAGGUUCGAGAUCUUUGGGUGCCCGUACUGGGCAGAUGUGAUUAAUUUUGAUGGGCAGGGGGUGAUCUCUUACCGCUUCAAAAUGAAGAAGAUGAAGAUUUUGAAGGAUGUGAUAGCCCUAAAGUUUAAAACAUCAGAGAGCGAAGGGGUGAUUCUUCACGGAGAGGGGCAACAGGGUGACUACAUUACCUUGGAGUUGAGAAGAGGCCGGCUACUGCUGCAGAUAAACCUCGGAAGUAAUCAGUACGGCUCCAUCCUGGGCCAUACAUCUGUGACUAGUGGCAGCCUGCUGGACGAUCAUCAUUGGCAUUCUAUAGUAAUUGAGCGCUACAGGAGAAAUGUCAAUUUCACCCUUGAUCAGCAUACGCAGCACUUCCGCACCAAUGGGGAGUUUGACCACCUUGACCUGGACUAUGAGCUGACUUUCGGAGGAAUGCCUUAUUCUGGGAAGCCAGUCUCAGGGGGUAGAAGAAACUUCAAAGGCUGCAUGGAAAGCAUCAACUACAAUGGAGAGAACAUCACUGACCUGGCCAGAAGAAAAAAACUGGACUCUUCUAGUUUAGCUUCUGUGUAA